AUGGUAUCUAGGCACCGAAACGCCUCCAAGUCGCGCUACUCCGCUCACCGUAACGUCGCCGCGCCGCCGCCACCUUCACCACCACCAUCGCUGUUCGAGCUCUAUAAUCCACUAAACGUUCCUGUUCGACAUGAUCUUCAGCCAAUUGCACUACUUCUCAUCUUGGCUAUAGUCGAUCGUUCACAAUGCAGACGUUCAAAAAAGGCUAGAGAAUCCCUAAAUCUGGAUGAAAACGGUCUCCCAAAUGGCCUUAAAAAGGUUGAAGCUAAUGUCGAGCCUGAGAACCCGAAUCGUGAUAAGAGAGGCACAAAACACUUUAUUCAUAUUGUGAAGCCAGUAAAGCAUUUGAAAAAGCUCAAGCUGGUACCUGCCAAGGUUCACUAUCAGCAUGAACCUGAGGAGAAACAUGAAGAGCAUCACGAAGAAGAAAAGGUCCAUCACACAUUUGAAGAACAUCAUGAACAUAUAGAACAUAAGGAGGAACACAAAGAGAUAUCCGAGGAAGUGCAUCAUCAAGAGGAGCCCCAUCAAGAAGAAGUCCAAUACUCGGAGGGUCAUGAGGAGCACAUCAAGGUCAAGCACCAUCAUCAUCACCAUCAUCAUAACCACGUGAAGACCAUUGUUAAAAAAGAACCCUAUCCAGUGGAAAAGAUCGUCCAUGUUCCUGUUGAGAAGGUAAUUCACGUUCCGAAGCCCUAUCCAGUGGAGAAGGUAGUUGAGAAGAUUGUCAACGUUCCGAUUGAGAAGAUCGUCCACGUGCCAAAACCUUAUCCAGUUGAGAAAAUCGUGGAAAAGAUCGUCAACGUUCCGGUGGAGAAAAUCGUUCAUGUUCCAAAACCCUACCCAGUGGAGAAAAUUGUCGAGAAACCAGUGCACAUUGAGAAAAAAGUUGAAGUGAAGGUUCCUUAUCCGGUGGAAAAGAUUGUCCAUGUGCGUGUUCCAGUGGAGAAAAUUAUCGAAAAGAUCAUUCAUGUGCCAAAACCAUACCCCGUCGAAAAGAUUGUCAAUAAAUACAUUCAUGUUCCGAAACCUUAUCCGGUGUACAAGGCAGUUCCGUAUCCGGUUGAGGUUAAAGUCCCGGUUCAUAUAGAGAAACCAGUCCCGUACCCGGUUGAAAAGAGAGUUCCUUAUAGAGUAGAAGUAGAGAAACAGGUGACUGUUGAAAAGAAAGUCCCUGUUUACAUUCAGGCCCCACACAAACAUGAACAACAACAUCAUCAGCCGCAGCAGCAACAUCAUGAAGAGGAACACUACCAAUUUGAACAUCCACCACCACCACCUCCGCCAGAAGAACACGAACAUGAACACCACUCGUAUAGCAAUGAAGGUGGCGGUGGUGAUGAUCACCAUCAUCAGGACCAGUCGGGUUAUCCAUCAAGCAAGGAUGCCAAGUACAUUGCGGCAAAGCAGUCGAGCAACAUAAGGCAGCAACUGAUUCAACAACAAAUCGAUAAUUUCAAUUACAAUCGACAUCACCAACAGGAGCAGGAGGAAGCCCAGAGCAGCAGGCACAAUGCAGUUGCUAUUUCAGAACAAAAUGGAGAGGAUCACCGUCAGUCGAGAGAACCAUUUAGAAUUUCAGUUGAAGAUAUGGAGCCGCAGCCACAGGAGUCUAAUCAAGUGAUGGCCCAGUUGCAACCAAUUUCACUUCCAUUUCAGUUGAUUCAUUUUUCACCAUACCAUUCGACGGGGCUAUCAGCACCAAUGGGAUUUGUGGGACAUCAAGGUAUUGCAGCCCAACAGGGUUAUGUAGGUUAGAGACUUUAUAGAACUAAGCUAGUAUUAUAGAUGUAAGAUAUUAGAGUGCAAUUGCUACAUCAUGAAUCCCUGAGAAGGUGUAUAGAUUCAUGAUCAUGUGCAGGCUUAAUGAUCCCAUAUACAUAGCUGGGGCUAAUGACCGUGAAAUGCGUCCGUUUUGUAGGAAGACGAAGAACAUAAGACUUAACGUUUAUUUAUUUAUGACACGAAAACAACUAUUUCGCACGAUUUAUUUUAUCGUUUUGUGAUUUACAUACUUUUUUUUACCAAAUAAUGUACGCAACGUACU